CUGGUCCGGCCGCUGCGGGAGCGCCGCGGCAGCCGCGCAGGAUGGUGGUGUGCAGCCUGGCCUGCUGGCGCUGCAGGUGGCUCCUGCCCCUGCUGCUCGGCCUGGCCAUCAUCAUGGGCAUCAUCGCGCUGGCCGGACGCGGCUGGCUGGAGUCUGAGUCGGCGCCCUACGUGCACCAAGCGUCGCUGUGGGAGAGCUGCACGCGGGGCGAGCAGGACCUCAACUGGAGCUGCGAGUCCCUCAUGGACUACGGAUGGGGGAGAGCAGCAGCUGCCACAUACCUUGUCGGCUUCGUGAUCCUGGUCAUCUGCUUUGCCCUGGCAGUCAUAGCAUUCUCGGUGGAAAUACUGCGCUUCAACUUUGUGAGAGGAAUUGGAGGCCUGCUCUUUGUUGUUGCUGCAUUCCAGAUUAUAGGCUUGGUCAUCUACCCAGUGAAAUUCGCAGAAGAAAUUCCUCUGACAGGAGCUAAUAUGUUCAGCUGGGCCUACGGUUUCGGUUGGGCCAGCACCGUUGUUGUAAUUGGCUGUGCUUUCUUCUUCUGCUGCCUCCCCAACUGGGAAGAUGAAGUCCUGGGAAACAUCAAGCCUACCUACUACUACUCCUCCCCAGAGAGAGCACCAUACUUAAAUUGAAAGAAUAAAUCCAAGUACAUUCAACUCUCAAAGCAAUAGAGGAACUCCUCUGCUGUAAAUUUUGAUGUAAUUAUGAGUGACUGAAAAAAACACCUUAUUUCCCCAAAUGACUACUUCCUAGAACCGGUAAUGAAUUAGUGAAAACAUUGGAAUCUUUUUAAAAAAAGCCUUUAUGUAAAGUAUUAUUUACAUAUUUUCAUGUCAGU